AGGAAAGGAGAGAAUUCAAAAAAAUGGCGGGAACAGUUGCAGUGAGAUCAACAACAACAAACUCACUGAGUGACGAGUGGGAAAUUUCCUUCGCAAGAUUCAUUCCUUUUCCACAUUCUUCCAUCACUUCUUCUUCAUCCUCCGAUCUUCACCCUCUCCCUGUUCGCCUCCGUAACCGUCCUCCACGUGGCACAUGGAUCUCCUCCUCCACCUCCGCUUUCCUCCGUUUCUCCUCCGAUCUCAACUUCUCCGAUGUCGUCCUCACCGUUGCAUUCAACGCCAAACUCCUUGAAGAACACUAUGUUUCGAAGCUGAAUUUCUCGUGGCCUCAAGUAUCGUGUGAUCCUGGAUUUCCUGCUAGGGGAAUUAGAACUGUGCUUGUUAGUUACAGAGAUUCUCGAGGCCAGAUUCAAAAGUUUGCUAUGAGGUUUCCAUCAAUCUAUGAAACACAAUCAUUCAUCAGUGCUUUGAAGGAGAUCCUGAAAGAUGACAAGGAGCCGGAACCUUUAAAUAUUGACUUUGGUUCAGAAAUUUCGUCUCAGUCAGAAUUUAUGUCAACAAACAAGCACUCUUACAGCUUCUCAGUACCGGAUCCGACUCUUCAAAAACCUUCUGAGGAACUGAGCUUUAUGAUUCCGGCUGCUAGUAGACCUUCUCAGGAACUGAGUUUUAUGACUCCUGCUGACACUUACAUUCCACAAAUGCCAAUAUGUAUGACAAAUGAAGGAGUGCAACCUUCAGGGUUAGGAAGCCAAAACAAGGAAACAGCUCCUGUUCACAACUUUGAAAACAUCCUUCCAGCUUUGCCACCCAGUUUUGCCUCAUUCCUGAUGGAUUGCUCUGGUCUCAAUCAUGCUCAACCAACUGUUACAGAGGAGAAUGAUCUCAAGUCCCAAAUAGCGAAAUACAUGGAAGAUUCUUCCUUCCAAGAUAUGCUGGUCAAGGUGGAGAAAGUUAUCAGCGAAAUUGGGGGUGAUAUGUCCCUCUAGUAGUCCAGGGCAUUGGAAAUGACACACCGAGCAACUUAGCAUCUCUUCAUGCUUGGCUUUCUCUUGAUUCUUCAAUUCUCUAACAAUCGGUUCAAUCAAUGGAUAAACUUAGUCUUUGCUUCUUUUGUUGUUUCAGCACAUUACAAAAUUACAAUGCCAAGA